UUCAACCUUGUCGUGUAAGAUUUGGCAUGAUAUAAGGACAUCGGUGAGGCCCAGUUUUUCACCUCGAUAUAAAAUGGUGUCACUGUAAGCGAUAUGGCAGACGACAUUUCUAUACCUGGCGAUUUAAUUUUUCUGCUCUCAAAAGAAAACAACUCCUCGCAGUGAACUCCACGUGGAUUUUGUGAAAAAUGUUUUCUUCUUUAUUUACCCAAGUAGAUAUGACUACUUUCUUGAUUUUUGUGACCGUGUUUCUGGUUUCUCUCUAUAUUAUGUCAAAACCGAGAUCAAGCAUCCCUGGACCUUUUGCAUUACCUUUAGUUGGGAAUCUCCCCCAGUUUGUUGGAAUGGGACCACGAAAACAUAUAGAAUUGUUGAAACUAAGUAGGAAGUACGGAGGCGUUUUUCGUCUUUACAUUGGACCAUUUUUGAUAGUUUUUAUCAGUGGAUAUGAGAAUAUUCACGAGGCCUUUGUUAGAUAUGGAGCAAGCUUCAGUCACCGUCCAAACUGGCUACCAGCGAUCAAAAGGAGGGCAGAAAAGUAUGGAUACGGAAUAGCCUGGGGUAAUGGAGAUCAUUGGAAGAAAGUUCGCCGAUUCGCUUUGCAGACAAUGAGAGAUUUUGGCGUAGGUAAAAAAUCGCUGGAAGAAAUCAUACUAGACGAAGCAAGGUUGCUAGGCGACGAAUUCGCAUCCAGAGAAGGCCAACCAAUCAGCGAUGUAAAAAAGAUGAUGACGACAUCAAUAAGCAAUGUCAUACAUUACAUCACUUUUGGUUUUCGAUAUCCACAUGAUGACAAAACCUUUUUGAAUGUGAUUAAGUUAUUUGAUGACGUAUUUCAAGGUCCGGGACCUCUGCUAGCUUCUCUUCCAGAAUGGUGUCAGCUUGGAAAACUGAAAUCGAAUAUUCAAAGAACUAGAAAAAGUCUUGAACUCGUAGAAAACUACAUAGCAGGUCAGAUAGCUGAACACGAAAAGACGUAUGAUGAAAAUAACAUCAGGGAUUUCGUUGAUCUAUACAUACAGACUGAGCGGGCUGAAGGGGAAAUAAAGGAAAAAGGGACGUUUCAUCAUUUGUUCCGAGUGAUUUUGGAUUUGUUUGGUGCUGGUACAGAGACAACUGGAACCUCUCUAGACUGGUCGUUACUUUAUAUGAUAGGUUAUCCUGAAAUUCAACAAAAAUGUUUUAACGAAAUUGAACAGGUUGUUGGCUUAGGACGAGAGGUCCGUUUAUCCGACAGAAGUUCAAUGCCUUACAUAGAGAGUACACUUCUAGAGGUUCAAAGAAUAUCAAAUAUUGCAAGCAUGUCAUUACCACAUAUGGCCACGCAAGACAUACAAAUAGCUGGUCAUAUAAUACCACAGAACGCCAUUGUAUUAGGAUUCUUAACAUCAUCACAUUUUGACCCAAAACACUUUCCUGAACCACGUCAGUUCCGCCCAGAAAGAUUUAUUGAUGAGGUCACGGGUAAGGUUAAAUAUCAAGACCAACUCAUCCCAUUUUCAAUAGGACCUCGAGCCUGUCCAGGAGAAUCUCUUGCAAAAACAGAAAUGUUUCUUGUUUUUUGUAAUCUCAUACAAAAGUUUCGUUUUUCCAAAGUUUCUGACGAUGACGUAUUAAAUUAUGAGGGAACAACGGGUGUCACAACAUGUGCAGGCCCAUACAGACUAAAAGUGGGAAUAAGGCAUCAAUAAUUAGAAUUUGAAGACUUACUUGUGCAAUGUGUUCGCGAUCAAUGUUGUUUUUAUUAAACUAUUUUUUUUCAUCUUUUUAUAUAACAAACAAAGCAGAUGUACUACGGGUCAUUUACAUUUAUAAC